AUGGAAGAAAUUGAUAUAGCAAGAAAUUGGGCUGAUAUUAUCAACGGACUGGAACACUCCGGCGACAGCGAAAGCCCUGGCAACGGACAUGUUCGUUGGCAGAACUCGGGGCCAAAGCUAUCUAACGAGCAACUACAACUGGUAAGCUUGGAGCGCAAGAAAUUUGAGUUGGCCAUGUCGCGAGCCAAGGCGACGGGUCGAGACUUCAAUGAGGUGUUGACAGAGAUCGAGGAUAAAGUUUCAGUUCAACUAGCGAGAAUUUUGGCGGAAACCAUCGAUCCGGUGCUGGAGAGGUUGACGCAAGUGGCGUUGGAGGAAGAAGGGCACAUUUGCGGGGUGUGUCAGGAUGAGAUGGAGGUCAGGAAAGAAGCCAGUGCUAUGGGCUGCAUGCACCAGUUCCAUGGACCCUGUAUUUACAAGUGGCUUAAACACGCCAAUGCUUGUCCACUUUGCAGGUACACAAUGUAA